GUUCGGGUUUGUGUUGUGACGAAAAUCCAAGAUGGCAGCCUCCAUGAGCACCGUGCUUGCUUCUUUUGCAGCAACAAAGUCGCGAGUUUACUGCAAGCAGUUGACGACUGUAUUCCGACUUCACCAUGGAGCUGCGAUGGGACCACAUCACGAGAAAAGAACGUUGACUGCAACUCACAUCUCCAAAAAAUUUACAGGUUCGCUUCAUUUGCAUAAGAGAAGUUUCGCAACUGAAGUAUCCCACCAGCUGGAAGACCCAACCAUUGACCAAACCCCAGAGGAGACUCUGCUGACCAUUAAAGAGAAACCCAAAGGCUAUCUAGCCUGGAAACCAGUGGAUGACGUCUACAUGCGUAUGCAUUAUCCACCCCAGUUACAGACAUUUCAGGAUGCUAUGGAAACAUUAAGGAAACAGGACAAGUGGAUGUUUUGUCGUCGAAAGAGUAAACAUGAAGACAGGACGGUAACCAUCUCUAUGAAUCUCGACAUGGCUCUACAGAAAAAGAAAAAAGUGGAGCCAUUCCAAGGUGUAGUACUUCUUCCUCACCCCUUCAAGUCGGACAACAGAAUUCUUUGCUUUGCAAGGGGCACAGAUGAGCAGAAUGCUAUCGAUGCUGGGGCCGACAUUGUUGGUGAUGAGACCAUCGUUCCAAAGGUCCUCAGCCGGAAGAUCAAGAACUAUGACUACUGUGUGUCGACGCCUGACAUGAUGCCGGAACUGGUCCCACUGAAGAGAUUGCUCAGGAAGAAGUACCCAAGCUCCAAAAGAGGUUCGGUUGGGCUGGAUCUUCGGAGUAUGAUACACAGAUACAAGAAAGGACAGGAAUAUAAAUGCCAGAUUAAAUGGGCCCAUGUCAAUGUUUCAAUCGGAAAGCUGAGCCUGACUAAUGAGCAGCUUGAAGAGAACAUGCAGUGUAUCAUAACAGAUGUCAGUAAACACAAGCCAGCUGAAUUCAGUCCACUUAUCACAAAGAUAACGCUGAAUGCUUUCCUUCUUGACGGAGUUGCCCUGGAAUUUGAGAAGUAUCUGCCGAAGCGAGAGGACGAGUUCAGUGCCUUGAGGUCGAGUCAAGAACCUGAGACAAAGCAACUCUAACAUGUACAGAGGCAGUUGAAAUAUUAAUUCAAUAGGGAUGGGAUUUGAUGAAUGUUGAUAUUCCUGAAAACAGGCUUGGGUCCCCCUUAUUCUAGGCAACCUCUCAGACACGACACAGGCCUGGUACUUCACGAAGACAAUGGAGGUAAUUGCCCCCAUUGCACCAUGGUCAUAUUGCCUUGGUGCCCUUGAAAUGCUCGAGUAGAAAUGCACAAUUUCCUCAUAGGUUGCCCUUUUCCAAAGAGAAAAUGCCAUUGUGCCCUUGCCCUUCCAAAAUCGAAGCAUGCAUACAGGCCUAAAAUUGAUCUCUGGCCGCACCAAGAAUGCUGCGGAUUUAACAUUCUUGUAAAAAUUAUGUGGCUGUUUUUUUGCUGUUUCUCAACAAAUAGACACUGUAUGAAGCUAAAACUGCCACAGUGAGUUAUUGUAUCUCAGCAUUAUGUUGACAAAACCAAUCUAUGACCCUACCUUUAAAAUCAAAACUUUACAAGGUUGUACGAACAUUGUAUAUGCAAAGCUAUUACAACAGUUACUUGGAAAACUUCAUGCAAUAUUCAUGGUUCCGAUUUCCAACUAGAAAGUUGUAAAGUUUCGGUUGUAAAUAAAAACAAACAAGUAAAGGA